AUGAUGGUUGCGAGCACUCACAAACUGACCGGCGAAGAAUCGAAGGGCUCGAGGCUGAGCGACGCUGAGCGCCACGGAGCACUCAGGAGGCUCCGCCUUCUAGCCUUGUUCGCCACACUGCUCGUGGCUUGUUGUGCCUCCUCGUCCAACGCCAUAUCCGGCAGCAGCCAGGUUGUCCUUGGCGUGGACGAUCAAGUGAGUCAGGCGAGACGAGCGGGGGUGGGUCCCGCGAGCCCAGCAGGAGAGGCGAUUCCGAGUACAAGCUCUGCAGGACCUUCUUCUGGUUCAGGAGCUGGAGGUGUGUUUGCUGGAAAGCCAAUCGAGCAGCGGGAACUGGUGGAGGGCCGGAUGCUUCUGGCUAAGUAUGCACGAGACAUUAAAAGAGAGCUUCUGCAGCGUAGCGCACCAGACUUCUACAAACGGGCUAUUGACUUGUUUUUGCCGCCCUCCUCGGUCAUUGAGGUAGUGAAACCAGACGGCACUUCCGAGUGGUUGCGACGGGGUGAUUUCCUGGGUUCAGGCGGCGUGGGAAUUGUGUGUGAGGUACAACGUCUUCCGGACACCGCCAGCGCGCUGCCUCAGAAGCUGGCCGCGAAAUUUUACUACUACCUUGGAGCUACUGGAACCACCCUGACACAGGCGGAAGCCGCCCUUCAAAAGUACCUCACCGCAGAAAUGGAGGCGACAAACAUGCUAGUAGAAAAGAAGCUCUCAGAGGACCUGCAGGGACUGGGAAUUGGGGUCGCUUUCGGCGUCUACCACAUGAAACGGGGGGAUGGCUCCCCUCCUGUACGAAGGAUUCGAGUUCUCAGUGAUGGUCAGCUUACGACUGUAUUCAUCUCAACGCAAAUCACGCUAAUGCCAGUCUUCGGGCCUGAUAUGUUCGACAUACGAAUCACCGAUGCCAAAGAAACUCUUCUCAGAGCUGUGUUCUAUGAUAUCGUCAUGGCAGUGGCGAAUCUGAACACGCUGGGCUACGUCCAUGGUGAUCUAAAGCUCGAGAACUUGGUUGUCGAUCUUGAAAGCGGGCAAGUAAAGCUCAUCGAUCUGACGUCUGUGACUCCUAUGGGCUCAUGCAGGCCGGACGCCGCGCACUGGUCAGCGAUGCAAGCAUCUCCUGAGAGACUCCGUGCUGCGUUUGCAGGACAAACGCACCACCCGAGCGAAGCCGACGAUGCCUGGGCAUUGGGAAUAACACUGUUCCAGGUGCUUACGAACUCAUUUUCCCGAGCAUUGAGCAGUGGAUACAACAUGAGCGAGGGAGUGCUCAGAGGCGCUGCCCCGAGGCAUGUGCCAUACGACCCGCAAAAUUCAGCAGGAGUGACUAACCACCCCGGCACUCACCGAAAUGAAAAGGCGGAAGCAGGGGCGUGA